CUCUCUCUCUCUCUCUCGCCCUUUUUCGUACACCGUUUCUCCAACAACAAACAAAUCAAACAACACCUCCCUCUCCACUUUCCCAAACUCUCUCUCUCUCUCUCUCUCUCUCUCUCUCUCUCUCUCUCCUUCGACGACGACGACGACGACGACAUGGAUUCCACCGAAGAAUCGAAGGGAUUGACCCUGGAUGCGGUGAGGGAUGCCCUAAUCCGCGACGAGGAUUCGAUCGUCUUCUCCCUCGUAGAGAGGGCGAGGUUCCCUCGCAACGCCCCCGCGUACGACCCCUCCCUCUUCGGCGGCGUCGGAGAACGUGCCCUCGUCGAUCUCUACGUGAGAGAGGCCGAGGCUCUCCGCGCCAAGGUCGGUGGGUAUCAACUUCCGGAAGAAGUCCCUUUCUUCCCUAAGGAUCUACCUUCGCCUCUAACUCCCCUCCAGAAAAAUCCACAAGUCUUACAUCCAACAUCUGCAUCCGUGAGCGUGAAUGAGGCUAUAUGGAAAAUGUACUUCAACGACUUGCUUCCGCUAUUCACUGUAGAGGGUGAUGAUGGUAACUAUGCGUCGACGGUGGCUUUAGAUCUAGUGUGUCUGCAGGCUCUCUCAAGAAGAAUUCAUACUGGUAAGUAUGUCGCAGAAGUGAAGUUUAUUGAUGCUCCGCACGACUAUGGUCGAGCAAUACAAGCAAAGGAUAGGGAUACUUUGAUGAAAAUGCUAACAUUUGCGGCUGUUGAACAAAGGGUCAAAAGUAGGGUGGAGAAAAAGGCUAGCAUUUUUGCGCAAAAUGUCACCUUAGAUGAGUGUGAUGAUGAAGCCAAGUGUAAGAUUGACCCAUUAGUUGUGUCUCACCUUUACGAUCAGUGGGUUAUGCCGCUUACAAAGCUUGUUGAAGUAGAAUAUCUUCUCCAACGUCUCGAUUGAUCAGUUGAUUGUUUAUCGAGCUUAAUGCUAUGAUAUGUUUGUUGUACUUUGAGCACAUAAAAGCGGAGGAGUAAAGAAAUUUAGCUUUUGGAAGAUCUGUUUGUCCCCAGAACUCUUUUGAAGCCUGAGCUAUUUCUUAUGGGGAAUAUCAGUAGUAAAUUGAAAAGUUUGUUAUUUGGAAGAUUAUCGAUGUUUAUGGAUCGGAAACUAGGGAAAUUUGUAUUAGGAUGACUCAUUUUGUGGGCUUUGGAGACCCAUGGGAGUCAGUACUUGCAUUCCAUGGUUUUAUUCUCUUUCAUAUCAUAUGUUUUUGUAAGUACUACUACAGUUAGUUUGGGGUUUCUCACUAUGUUGACAACUAUAAGAUUAAAAAUCAUGUUACUAUGACUUA